AUGCUUUACGACCUCAACAUCCCGUGGUCCCCGGCCACGACCCCCGCCGACCUCUCUCGCACGAUAUCCUUCGCCUCCUCGCUGGGCUACACCGUCCUCGCCCUGAACCACACCAUCACGCCCCCGAUCCCGUCGCAAAUAACGAACCCCCUACCAAAGUUCCCGUCGUCGGCGUCGGCCGCCGCCCCCUCACAGCCGCCGCAGCAGAAGAGCCCCCGGCCGACGGUCCUCCACCGCGUCACCGUCGUCCUCUCCGACCCCUCCCAGAACUACCGCCUCGCCGCCCUCGCCGCCGCCUACGACCUCCUCGCCGUCCGCCCCACCACCGAGAAGGCCUUCCAGGCCGCCUGCCUCUCCAUGGCCGAGCCCUCCCUCAUCUCCCUCGACCUGACGCAGCACUUCCCCUUCCACUUCCGCCCCAAGCCCCUCAUGGCCGCCGUCUCCCGCGGCGUCCGCUUCGAGGUGUGCUACGCCCAGGUCCUCGGCGCGCCCGACGCCCGCGCCCGCGCCACCUUCAUCUCCAACCUCGCCUCCCUCGUGCGCGCGACCAAGGGCAGGGGCGUCGUCGUCGGCUCCGAGGCCCGCUCGGCCCUGGGCCUGCGCGCGCCCAACGAUGUCGUCAACCUCCUCGCCGUGUGGGGCCUCGCCAGCGAGAAGGCCACCGAGGCGCUCGGGGCGAACCCGCGCGGCGUCGUCGUGAACGAGGGCAUCAAGAGGAGCGGGUUCCGGGGCGUCGUCAACGUGCUCGAGAUCGGCGGGCGGGAGGAGGACGCCCAGAAGCAGAAGCAGAAGCAGCAGCAGCAGCAGCAGGGGAAGAAGGACGGUGGCAAGGGGAAGGGGGACAAGGGCACGAAACAAGGCGGCGGAGGCAGCGAGGACAGGGGGAACGGGCAGAAGCGCAAGACGCCCGACGAGGCGGGCGAUGGCGCGCCGCAGACGAUGAGCAAGAGGCAGGCCAAGAAGCUAAGGCUGGCGCUGAAGGAGAAGGAAAAGGAUGCGGCGUAG